UGUCUCUGGCCUGUGGUGACUUGGUGCCUGCCCGCGUUAGAAAGGCCUUCCCGUGGCGCCGGCCCCAGCGCGCUGCUGGCAGCCGAGCCUGGAAUCUGCGAGCUGUGCUAGCGCUGCAGGCCAGAGCUGCGGUAGAGACCUCAAAGGAUGCUGAGCUGCGACUUUUGAGUACCAGGGCAAACUGAAACAUGACUGAUACAGAUGAAUCCCAGGCUUCUGGCUCUGAUUACCCUGAUGCCCAAGAGCUGAUCAGCCAUCAGCAGGAGCCAUCUGAGGUGUGUUCAUGGCAAAGAAGUACAGGAGCAGAGCGGUCAAGGCAGAAGGUGGCUGCUUCUGGGGAGUCUUCAGACCAUCCUAACAGCAUGUGUAAAUCAUCAGCUGCUUCAACUGAGGUUUUACUGAUCAGCAGUGAUUCAGAAAGUGAUGUCUCUGCUGCUCGUCCUGAGUGCUCCAUUGCACCUUCAAAGCAGAAAAGGCAAUCUCAAUCUUCAAGGCAGCAAGCUGAAUCUGUUACACGAGUACCUGACAAUGAAAGCUCCUCAGACUCUUCACUGUCUCCUCAAAGUCCAGGGAAGCCAUUAGAAGUUUCCAAGCAGCAGAAGUCCAAGUUCAAUUUGAAGGCCAUUUUUGCCUAUCACUUCAGGGGAAGAAAGUUCAAAGCCGCUGCACACCGAAAAUACAAAAUUCAUGCACGGAAGAGGAAAAAAAAGUAUGAGAGCACGCAGAUGCCCACAGGGAGGCCCCCACUGACAGCCUCACCUCAGGAACAAAAGAGGAGGCUUCUAGACAGAGGUGUUCAAUUUCCUUUUGUUGAAAAACAUUAUGGAGAGAAACAUAUUCCCUUAAAGAUGGUUCUUGGCUAUGAGCAAGCGGCUGCAAAGGGCUAUUUCAAGUAUAUUGAAGUGCUUAAAUAUGAAGAGCAUCUUAAAAAAGCUUUAAAAGCCCUUCAGGCCAGCGAUGACUUAGAAAAAGAGUGUAUGGUGUUACGGAAACACAAAUAUUUAGAUGAUGAAGGCCCCAUUUCCCCUAUUCAGGAGACAGAUGAUGAUGAGGACAGCUUGAAUUCUGAUACUCAGGAACAACUUGAUGCCAGAGUAGUGGAGAACAGCUCUUUCAUUCUAAGCAGCACAAUUCCCAAGAAAAAAAAGUCAAAGCCAGGAAGAAAGCAUGCAAAACCACCUGAAGUGAUUGAAAUAGUGGAUGAAGAAGAUGGUGCUGAAGAGAACUCUGUGCCUCUGCAAGGCUCACCUCGGUGAACAGCAGAUGGACAAAUGAGGUGUCAGUGGUCAUUCUUCAGAUACCUUUUCAUGGGCCUGUUUGGUUUAAAACAUUGAUCUGGAGUUCAGCUCUCCACCCAGCUGCCUAGGCACAUUUGGCCUACUUUCAUGUUGUUUUUGGAAGAUGAAAUACCUCUUGGUUUUCUUGCUGCAUAAGCUACCUGUCUCUAGGACUGGAAAGCAUGGUAACUGUCAGCUUCUGCUGCUGCUAACAAUGAGCACACUCACACUGCAGCAGCAGUUGUAACUACUUGGGGAUCUCUUGAGUUCUUAUGGCUGUUUGCUGACCUUAUUCACAAAUCCUUUACUUUAGUGGACCUCUGUGCAGCAUGGUAGCAAAAGAGGGGCGUUCCUGUGGAUGUGUGGAAGAGAUUGGAAAGCCUCUACUCAGGUGAAGUGCACCUGAUGUCCAGUCUGAACUAGCAUCUUGGUACUUGGAGAUAAGUGAAGAAGAAAGAUGCAGGCUGCUAUUUCAAGGAAGUCUGAAGCUGCUUCAGGGGUUGCUUUAGGAUACAGAAUGGACUGCCCUGAGUUAAAAAGAUAUAAGCAAUUUGUUUGACAGGGUCUGCCAGCAAGUUGCUGCGUGUCAGAGGGAUGAGAAACACCACGUAGGAGCUACCUGAGUGUGAAGAUCCUGCUGAUGUUGCUGCAAGCCUGCUCCAAAGAACUGCACAGCUGUUCCAAAUGAAGAACCUUCUCGAGAGUGUUUAUUGCAUUUUUUUGAAUUAAACAUUCAUUUUAACUUGC